UUGGGGUGGGGGGGGGGCUCCCGCGCGGGGCAUUCCUUCCCGAAGCCUCAUCCCAGCCCCGGCUCGGCCCCUCCUCCCCUCCUCCUCCCCUUCCCCCUCCCUCUGGGCCUGGAAUUGGGUUCGGGGCGGGUUCUGCUCCCAAAGCCAUCUCCUCCAGGAGGCGGGCGAGCAGGGCUGUCCUCGGCUCGGGGCUCCGUUCUCCGAGGCUCCGGGCAGCGCUCUGGGCUGGCCAGCUGCCCUGGCGGGUCAGCGGCCGGAGGCGGGCAUCCUGCUCCAGGAAGGACAGACCUCCGAGGAUCUGGGCAGCGGCAGGGGAAGUGUGCGGGCCCGGGAGCCGUGAGCAGAGCCGCAAGAAAUCCUGACUCACCAGGCCCGGAGAUGGUGGGAAACUGUUCGUGGGAGGCCCCUCCGGGGGGCGGGAACAGGAUGUGUCCCGGCGUGAGCCCGGCGCCGGAGCCCCACAGCCGCGGCUUCCUGACCAUGGAGCAGAUCAGCGCGCUGCCCCCGCCGGCCGUCAUGAACUACAUCUUCCUGCUCAUCUGUCUGGGCGGCCUCGUGGGCAACGGGCUGGUCCUGUGGUUCUUCGGCUUCGCCAUCAAGAGGAGCCCCUUCUCCGUCUACUUCCUGCACUUGGCCGGCGCGGACGUCGGCUACCUCUUCAGCAAGGCCGUGUUCUCCGUCCUGAACACGGGGGGCUUCCUGGGCCCGCUGGCCGACUACGCGCGCGCCGUGUGCCGGGUCCUGGGGCUCUGCGCGUUCCUCGCCGGCGUGAGCCUCCUGCCGGCCGUCAGCUCGGAGCGCUGCGCCGCGGCCGUCUUCCCCGCCUGGUUCUGGCGCCGCCGGCCCCGGCGCCUGUCGGCCGUGGUGUGCGCCCUGCUCUGGACCCUGUCGCUCCUGGUCACCACCCUCCACAACUACUUCUGCGUGUUCCUGGGCCACCGAGAGUCCACGGGCACCGCCUGCGGGCACAUGGACACCUUCCUGGGCGUCCUGCUCUUCCUGGUCUUCUGCCCGCUCAUGGUGCUGCCCUGCCUCGGGCUGGUCCUGCACGAGGAGUGCCGGGCCCGGCGGCGCCCGCGCUCCGCGAAGCUCAGCCACGUCGUCCUGGCCGUGGUGUCCGUGUUCCUCGUGUCCUCCAUCUACUUGGGGAUCGACUGGUUCCUCUUCUGGGUCUUCCAGAUCCCGGCCCCCUUCCCCGAGUACGUCACCGACCUGUGCAUCUGCAUCAACAGCAGCGCCAAGCCGGCCAUCUACUUCCUGGCCGGGAGGGACAAGUCGCAGCGGCUCUGGGAGCCGCUCCGGGUGGUCUUCCAGCGGGUGCUGCGAGACGGCGCCGAGCUGGGGGAGGGGGGUGGCGGCACGCCCAACACGGUCACCAUGGAGAUGCAGUGCCCCCCUGGGAACACCUCCUGAGCGGCCAGCACCCCAAGGGAGGCAGGGGCAUGGCCUCUGGAGACUUCAGCCGCGGGACAGGAGCUCGGCCGCUGCCCCGGUGCCCAAGGCCCAAGUGCAAGGAGAAAAGUCACUUCCUGCCCUCGUGCGUCCUUCUCCGUGCGCCGGAGGCUCAGGGGCCGCCGGGAGACUGAGAAGCCACCUGCACACAGGCCCCGUGGCCCCGACAGACCCCCCCAGACAUUCUCCUCGGUGCCCAGAGGCCUAGGGCAGGAGAGGGGAGGCGGGGGUCACCAGGCCCGUCCAUGUCCUGCCCCUUUGCCUCGGCCUCCUUGAGGACGACACAGCUGGCACGGUGGCCCCUGGGGUCAGGAGCUGCGCCCGCUAGGGACCCGGUCUCUGCAUUCCAUCCGAUCCAAGCAGCGUCGGCGAGCCGACCUGGACGCAGGACGCUACCUGCAAGGAGGUUCUGGCUAACCUGCCUGGAGUUGUCUUUCUGCACACAACGCCCCAGCCCCCUCCACGGAUCCUUUGGUGACUUUCAUGGAAGGGGGCGUUCUAGUCACGGCAGGAACGGAGCUCUGGCCACCGUGGGCCGGUCACGCCAUUCUCUGACUCCAUGCAGCCCCCCAGGCCGCCUCCGGAGUCCCUGUUGGUGUGCGCCUGGUCCUCCAGGCUCGGCAGCCUGUCCAGGGGUCUCUGGGCUCCAGCCCCCACCCGGAAGGGGGCGCUGGCUCCACCCGGCCUCCCCCGCCCAGCUCCAAGCACAGGGACCCCGGGGCAGCCAAUGCAAGUUUUACAGAAGACAGCAAAUGUAUAUCAAUAAACGUUUUAUAUCGUGCACUGAG